AUGGCCGACCUCAAUACUAUCAAUGCCAAUCUGUCUACCCUUCCUAUUGAGACCUUGAGUGCCCUGAAACAACGAACUGAUGCCGAGAUUGAGUUUAUGAGCACUUCAAUUGCUACAUUGAGGAAGGCCCUACUUGCAUUUGAACAUGUUAAGUUGGCUGCCAGCAAGGUUAAGGAGUCAAAGGACGGACAAGAUUGUAUGGUUCCGGUGGGAAGCACUGUGAGUUUGUUAUAUCUUGAUUAUAAGGAAUUUAGUUAUAUGUGAAAGGAAAACUAGAAGAUCCACAGAAGGUGUUGGUUGAUGUUGGAGCAGGGUAUUUCAUUGAAAUGUCAGCAGAUCGAGCUGUUGAUCAUUACACGAGGAAGGUGGACCACAUCCGUGGUGAAGUUGAUAGUCUCCGAUCUAUUGUCCAACAGAAGGCCGCUAUGAGGGAUAUGAUUGUGCAAGCCUUACAGAAGAAAAUCCAGACCUUGGCUGCUGCGCAGCAGCCAACAACAUCCUAA